AUGCAGGAACUCAUUGCUGGGGUGGAGAAGCUUGUGUUUGAUUUAGAGCGGGAUGUGGAGCACCAGCGAGGGGCCCUGCUCCUGCCCUUCCCAGGCAUGGACAAGUCAGGGGCGUCUGUGUGUGAGUUCUUCCUCCGAGGACUGUGUGCAAAGGGCCUGAUGUGUCCUUUCCGGCACAUCAGCGGGGAGAAGACAGUGGUGUGUAAGCACUGGCUGCGGGGGCUGUGCAAGAGGGGAGAUCUGUGCGAGUUCUUGCACGAGUACGACAUGGCCAAGAUGCCAGAGUGUUAUUUCUACUCCAAGUUCGGUGAGUGCAGCAAUAGAGAGUGCCCCUUCCUGCACAUUGAUCCCGCAUCCAGAAUUAAAGACUGUCCCUGGUACGACAGAGGGUUCUGCAAACAGGGUCCUCUGUGUAAAUACAAACACACCAGAAGGGUGAUGUGUGUCAACUACUUAGCUGGCUUCUGCCCGGAAGGACCCAAAUGCAAAUUCAUGCACCCCAAGACAGACCUGAUGCUGUGUAACUCAGAUCUCUCCCAGGGGCUGCCACUGCCAUCCCUGGCUGUUGAUGGCAAGAGUAUUCACAAGCAGCAGGCCCCAGAAGUCCUGUUGCUUUCUCAUCAGCCUGGGGCUAGGGCUGCCCAGUGCCAGAGGAAGAAGGCACAGGAGGCUGGUGGCUACCCCUAUGGAAUGCUCCGGCCCCUUGGGCAGGUCACAUGCUUCAAGUGUGGUGAAAAGGGUCACUAUGCCAACAAAUGCAGCAAGAGUCGGCUGGGAAUCCAACUGGGGAAAUGAUUUGUGAGAGUUCCA